AAACUCAACAUAAUAUUAUGACUAUAACAACAGCGAUAGUUUUAUAUACAUUGAAAUAAUACAAGGCUGAAUAAAGGUCGGAACCUCACACGAAAUUAAAACAAGUCUGCUUACCCCUCUUUAAGUAAAGAGUAUUAUAAAAUAACGCUAAUGGCGCGCGCGGUCAGUCGUCGGCUGUCAAUUGACGGCCAUUGACGCGCCAUAGAUAAUAUUUGAAACUUUAUAGUGCACGCGUGUCGUGGAGUGUUCGAAAGUUUUGAGUUAAGAUUUUUAAUUUUAUUUUUUUAUUCGAUUUGUUUUUUUUUGUUCGACUUUAAAAUUGGUUGUUGAGUUAUUUGGGAUUUUUGUGUGUGGAUAUUUUUUUAUUGAAGUUCUUUUAUUUUUUUGGUGUAACAAACCAACCAUGUUGAAACAACCCGCAACCUGUUGAUAUAACGCACCAUAACGAACCUGUGAAACAUACAUGUUCUCUGGAGGGGGCUAGACAAGUAUUGAUGUAUUUAGCAAGUGUUCAAGCGUGAUUUGAAAGGGAAUAAUAAUAAAAAUGGCUUCGUGUUUAUCCGGUGGGCAUUAUGUACCUGGUAGCCAGGAGUACGUGCCGGUUGCCGAGUUUUAUGCUGACAAGUCUGUUUUCGUCACUGGUGGUACUGGUUUCAUGGGGAAGGUACUGGUUGAAAAGCUUCUGAGGAGUUGUCCAAAAAUUAAGAAGAUCUAUUUGUUGAUGAGGCCGAAGCGAGGCCAAGAUGUUGCCUCGCGCCUCACCGAGCUCACACAGUCACCGUUGUUCGAAACCCUACGGAGAGAGCGGCCUCAGGAGCUGAACAAGAUAGUCCCAAUAGUGGGCGACAUAACUGAACCAGAGUUGGGCAUCAGCGCCGCAGACCAAACCAUGCUGUGUCAGAAGGUAUCGGUGGUGUUCCACUCGGCCGCGACGGUGAAGUUCGACGAGAAACUGAAGCUGUCCGUCACCAUCAACAUGCUGGGGACGCAGCAGCUCGUUCAGCUCUGCCAUCGUAUGCUCAGCCUUGAGGCGCUAGUCCACGUAUCGACGGCGUACUGCAACUGCGAGCGCGAGCGCGUCGAGGAGACGGUGUACGCGCCGCCCGCGCACCCCGAGCACGUCGUCACGCUCGUGCAGACGCUACCUGACGAGCUCGUCGAUAGGAUCACACCCGAUCUAGUCGGAGAUAGGCCUAACACAUACACAUUCACAAAGGCCUUAGCAGAGGAUAUGCUUAUAAAGGAGAGCGGUAACCUGCCAGUGUCUAUCGUACGACCUUCUAUCGUGCUCUCGUCUCUCCGAGAGCCAGUAAAAGGUUGGGUCGAUAACUGGAACGGUCCCAACGGCAUAAUCGCGGCCGUCGGUAAGGGCAUCUUCCGCACGAUGCUCGGCACCGGCACGAAGGUCGCCGAUCUCGUUCCAGUCGAUACUGUCAUUAAUCUAAUGAUAGUCUGCGCUUGGAGGACGCAUUUGAGACGAGGUGAAGGUGUCGUGGUAUACAACUGCUGCACCGGUCAGCAGAACCCCAUCACGUGGCAGCGCUUUGUCAAGACCAGCUUUAAAUAUAUGCGGAAACAUCCGUUCAACGAGGUGGUGUGGUACCCGGGCGGCGACAUCACCAGCAACCGGCUGUGGCACGGCGCGCUGUCGCUGCUGCAGCACCGCGCGCCCGCCGCGCUCAUGGACCUGGCGGCCAGCGCCAGCGGGAAGAAACCCAUGAUGGUCCGCGUUCAGAACAAGCUGGAGAAGGCGGCGGCCUGCCUGGAGUACUUCACGACGCGCCAAUGGGCCUUCGCCGACGACAACGUGCAGGCGCUCUGCUCCUCGCUCUCGCCAGAAGACCGCAGGACCUUCGACUUCAACGUGCGGAACAUAAACUGGGACGCGUACAUCGAGUCGUACGUGCUCGGGAUCCGGAGGUUCCUGUUCAAGGAGAGCCCCGACACGCUGCCGCAGUCCAGGGCAGUGCUGCGGAGAUUGCACAUAGUCCACAUCCUAACUCAAGUGGCCACGGUCUUCUUCCUAUGGAGAUUUCUGUUCUCACGCUCCAACGCGCUGCGCAACCUCUGGCGACGCGUAUUAGAAUUGUUAACAAGGGCCGCUAGACUCCUAGCUAUAGCCUGAUGUUAUCCACAAACGAAACUAACCUCGUUUACGCCCCUUUUCAAGCUUCCAGACACGCAUCGUUAAAAAAAUACCAUCGGCCAUUGACGUUCGUUUGACAUUUGUUAACAAGAUGGCGACUCCCGCCAUUAUGACAUUGACACCAAUAGAUAUAUUAAGUACACAGGCAUAUAAUUUAGGUAAUAUAUUUUUCUCUUUAAAAAUAAGCUUACGGGGCUGUUAUAUUUGCUUCGAGAGAUGCGCUGUGUUGUGUUGAAUUUUUUUUGACUGAAUCCCAAUUGCAAUGUACGGAUUUUUUGGUGUGGCAAUACUGUGAUUCUUUAAAGAGAGAUAUAACUAUUGUUACUGAUAGCACUGUCUCAUGUUCCAUGUUAAAAUCAUAGUUUUGUCACUUCAUUAAAUGGUUAAACUUUGUCAUGGCAUUGUCUUCCCUCCUUCCAAUUUGCCAUUCACAUACAAAAAAGUUUUAGAUGAAAUCCGUUUAUUGAUUGAGAAUGUAUCCGUUAUUGUAAUUGGAGUUUUGAAAUUCAAACAAUCUGUUCCUAAAUACCUCUUAUGACCCAAGUAUUUUGGUAUUUUGGUCUUCCAAAAUGGUUCUGAACAAAUUUGACAUAACACAAUGCUUUUCAAACUCUUCCCAAGCGCUAGGCUAUUAGUUAUUUGACGAAUGGUUAUAAGUAAUAGUGAUUCCAAUAAUUUUGUACCUUAACAGCUCAAUAACUAAAGAAAAUCUGUUAUCGCAUAGUCUUAAUAACAAUAGCAAUAUGUUAUGUAUAUCCCGAGAUGUUAUAUUUUUAAAGUCAGUUUAUUGUGCCAAUGAUUUUCUCGAGUCUUCAAGUAUUUUUACCGUCGUGCUUUCGUAAUGAACUGUCUGGCUUUGUGGUCGGCCAUGGGUCACGUGAUAUGGAGCCUGGUUCCUCACUCCGCCAAUGAUGCUAUGAUACAAACUGGGAAGUUUGAAAUAUGACGAACAUAGACAUGCAUAACUGACGCGGCAGUGGUUUCUUUAGGCUAAAAGUGCCUGAAGCGAAUGCUUAGUAAGUUAUUUUCGUUGGAAUUACAGUUUUCAACUGAAUGUUUUCAGAGCCGGCUACGAGCUCUUAAAGUCAGACUUUAUACUAAUUGAAGUGAGACAACACUACGCUUUGUAGCGCGCCGUCUCGUUUUCGCAACGACAGCAGUUUUGCUUUGAGAGCUCUUGGUACAGGCACUGCUCUUAGCAAAUAAAUAUAACGUUAUGUUAGCAAACGCAUGUAUAUUUUUCCAAGAGCGCAAUUAAGAUUCUUCGAUGGCUCAAUAAUAAAUAGAAGUUUAUAAACUAGUCAAAAACAUUCGUUUAGAACAACUCGCAUGGUAGAUGUAACUAGUUGAGCUAUCACCAAUGUUCAGCCUCUACGAAUAUAUAAUAUUGUUAACACUUGGAACACUUGCUAAAUACAUGGAGUUGUUCUCAAACGCUAAUAUAAUAUAUAGGCAUCCAUGUAAAAUAAAGAUUUCCAAAAAUAAAAUUGUUAAACAAACGAUUAGCGAAAAUAUUUAUGAAGUGUAAUUAUGGCAGCUUCUAAUUUAAAAUCAUAUUUAUAUAUAUCUUUAAACUUCUCUUUUAUGCAAACGAGUCAAGUUGGUGUUGAAAACUGAAGGGGAAAAUAUGAAUUACUAGUUCAAUAAGUAGACAGACCUGGGAUUUGACCUCUGCAAAGACAAAAAUCCAUUUUUGGAGCCUAGGAAUGCAAUGUCUACUAUUGAAAUUUUGGGAUGCCCAAAAAACGACAUCGCUUUUCCAAUCCUAUUCAGAGUGAUAGUCAAUAUAGUUGAAAUGUUAGAAUCCUCUUUAAAAAAUCUAUAGAAUUAUGAAGUUUUUACAUUAGAAGUUGUCAUAAAAUAAUGAUAAAGGAUCGCGCGAUUUGUUAGCAGCUAGGAGAGUAGUGGUUUGAUUCAUGGUAUUGUAAUAUGAGAUGUAGGAAAGCGAUGCAAAAGAGAGCAAAAAAAGAGAAAUCACAAGCUCGUGAAUUUCUUUUGAAUGGUUAACCGCCAACGCUUUUGAAAACCCGUUAAGGAAUUCGAUACUAUUGUCCGUAAGGGUUCUUUUUUGUCGACUAUUCCAUUUUGUAACUUUUGACGCCCCGCCAUGGAGCCAUUUGUGAGACCAAUAGUGUUGGUCUCAAAGCUUCGCAAUUGAUAAAUUUGGCUCUUACUAUUCCUUAUUUUGGCUGUAAUGAAGCUCAAUUUUAUAAUCUUUCUUCACAUGCUAUUUAUAAUGGCUUUUACAUACAGAUGUAUGUAUCAGAAUGUCUAUUAAUACGUAACGAGUUUUUUAAAAUAACGAAGUUCCCAUGUCAUAGAAAUUUUCUCGUAGUUUAAUGCGUGGGGGUUUUUCUAAAUAUAUAAAUUGUUUUUGUUGGUAUUCUGCGCGCCCAAGGCCUAUGAAGUCAAUAAAUAGAAGGGAAUAAGGUUUUCAUUGAAUUUUAGAUGGUUAGAUCUAAAGCCUGGUUACUUUAAAUACCUUUAAGCCAUCCAUUAUAAGCAAUAUUUACACCCUGUUUGUCUGUUGUUACCUAAAAUACAAUUAUUUGUCGAUUUCAUCUCGAUAUUUUGAUGGAAUUGUAAUUUUAUUUUUAAUUUGUCUUCUUGUCUCCAUGAUUUUGUAAUGAAUUGGCAUCGAUCAGUUGUCGUGAUUUUGCAAAAGAUAUCUUAUGAGACUAUGUCAUCCUAGAUCAACCUUUUGUGUACAAAAGGUGUUUGUGAAGUAGGUAUUCAGCUAGUUGUUAAAUAAUAUACAAUAAAAUGACAUGGGUCCUUCAAGCGCUUAGUUUACGCAAGCAAACAUUUCUAAAAUUUAAAUUAAAAAAUAAAAUUCGUUCCAAAAUGACGCUUCCUUAGUGAUAAUUAACGUAGGUAUUUAUUGAUUUUUUAUAUAAAAAUAAAAAUUUCAGUUAAUGUAUCUAUGCUAGGUUUACCUUUGGCCUGUAGCCUGUCGGGCACGACCCUCGAUUCAAGCGUACUUAUAAGUUAGAUGACACCUGAAGGCCUACUACCACACCUUAAAGUAAUAUUAUCGCAAAUGUGGGAGAGAGAUGGCGCUCUACGCCGUGUAUAGCGCUGUCACGUUCACACAUCAACAGUAAUACAACUUUACGCCGUGGUAGGAGGCCUCCUGAACGCAUGAUGUUUUCAUAAUCCCACAGUAAUCGGUGUAAGCUGUACUCGUUAAGUAAUGCCUAAGUUUAUACGACAUGUUAUUUAAGUGUUAGCAUUUUUUCUUAUUGUGUAAGUCUAACGCAGGACCCUUUGGCUCUCACUGUUUUUCUUAUAUCACAAUGAUUGUUAAGUAAAAAGGGGAUUUUGUCACAAGUUGGGAAUUGAUUGCUCAUGAAACGAGUACGUUAUUUAGUCUUAAUAACUUCUUUAACAUCAUUAGUUUGCCCGCAUUUACAUCGAGUAAGGAUCCAAUGAUGUUCAUCGAUUUCAAUCGAAUCGGUGACUCGUAUAGUUUUUCACAUGACAGACGACUCUUUUCGUUAACACAUUGCAACUUUUUCGUUUAUUCAGAUUUUUAUCUUUGUUGUUUUUUUUUUUGUUAAAAGCUAUUUGUUUAACACUUGUAGUAGUUGUUGUUUAUCAGCUAGUGAUGUAUCUGUGAAAAGUAUAACUGAAAAUCGCUUUUCCAACGAUUUUGUAAACAGUCAAUUCCAACUGUGUGCUUUUGAUUCCAGUUUUCUUCCAGUGUCGAAUUAAUUUAAGUUCUCUUAGUGUAAAUUUGAAACUUGUAGAUUCCUUUAAAAAUGGGAGUGAAUUCGAGAAUGGAAAACUAGUGAGUUUAUUGAAGUAAUCGAAUAUAAGCUGCGCCCUGUGAUUCAAUAACUUCAAUAAAUAAUGUUAUCUAGAGCGUACGUAAAUAUUUGUUUCUGUCUGUAAGUAUAUUAUAUGUACAUUUUGAAAAAGAAAUACUUCAGUAAUGUUGUUAUUAUUUUCACGAGAUUUCUUGUUUUUUGUAUUUAAUUAAGAUAAGACGAUAUUGUUUGGCCAACGUACCGGUGAAAUUGUUUGCGCUGACUUAUUAUUGUGUACAUAGAAUUUAGUUACCCAAAGUUAAAUCCAAAUAUAUACAUGCGGGAAUAUUUUUUCAUUUUUUCGCUGUAUCUUGAUAAUGUAGACAUGUUUUGGAGUGAUUAAGGUUUGGCGGUUUUCGAACGAACUCCUACCAAGAUGGCGGACGUUAUUGGCAAUGACUGGAUUCCUUAUUUACAAGAUAAUAUUUACAUGAGUAAUAAAAAUAUUUAAAUGUUGCGACUCUUUUUGGUGUGUUGGUGUAAUCUAGCAAAUUAUUAUAACAUUAUAAUUCUUAGCCAAUUUUAGUGAAUUCGGCAGUAAUUUCGUCUACUUCUAUGGCUAAGUAGAUAGUUUAAAUUCUACCGAUGUAACGUUGUUUUCGAAUACCUAAGAGUACAAAUCUUAAGCCAACGAUGUGUAAAAGAUAAAUUGUAUGGUCGAUUUAAAAGUGAGGUUAUUGAAACUUUUAUAGAUUCCCGCCAUCGUUUGACGUUUAAUUGUGACGUGUGACAGGUGACAGGUGACAUUUGACAGUUAUCGUUCGGAAACCGCAUGAUAAUGCUUUAAAUAAAAUUUGUUUUGCUUAGACACCUGCGGUUAAUGGUCAAGGUUAUUCAGUAAACCUUGAUGGGAUGUUAAAUGCGAGAAUGAAAUAUGCUCAAUGAUUGAUAGUCGCAGUCUAUGGCUGGGCAUCGCGUUUCUGAACGAACUCCCUAAACAUACAAAGAAUAUACAAGAAAUUGUUAUCUUGGAAAAUAUAAGCAUUUAUUUAUUAUUUAAACAAAUCUGCAUUUGUUUUUCAUUAGCUUGUUUUGUCUGAAAAUCAUGUCAAGCCCAAAUUGUGUCUGCUACAUUUCUGUUGCAUUUUUCUCCAACUUUUGUCUGUCAUUUUGAAAUAUUGUAUCAGUUUAUGCCCAGCCAGAGGACAGCGAUAGUUCGCAGGCAGCGAUAUGUGUUUCGGUGAUAGGUCGAUAUAUAUAUGGGGGGGUUUAUUUAUUAUUCCAUAAUGUAAUAAAACGAAUGUAAAGUU